AUAGGUACCACGAUUAAAGAUAUUAAUAUCUUUAAUCGUGAUAGGUACUCUAUGAUUUCAAACUAAUUUAUGACUUUGGUAAUUUGUUAUUAGUCUACAAAUAACCUCUGACUGCUAUUAACAAAUUUUAGAUAAAACAUUAUAUUGUAUAAUUGUGUUAGUUUGAGAUGAUGUUAAAUACUUUAAAAUUUCAUUUUUUAAAAAAAAACGCAAUGGGAAUGAACCAACGUUGCUUAUGGCAAUGGAUUGAUGACAAUUUCAACCGUUUUGAUGAGGAUCGUAUCAAGGAAAUUGGCCCUAACUUGGCAUGUGCUGAGUGGCUUAUGAAAAAUGGUGCACAAGUCAGAUGGAAAGGUUGUAAAGAAUUUGUCAGCCAUUACGAUUGCUUACCUAGUGUAACAUCCAGUAACCCCGGACAGUUUCUAAUUGAACAAGUUCAUGCUGGAAAAGAAGCUUCAAUUUCACAUAUAGGAUUUAGUUAUUUUGAAAACUGUAAAAAUAUUUCUGAUAUUGAAUUUGUUGGAUGUAACACAAUUGAUAAUGAAGCAUUAAAUAAACUCAAUAUCUUAAAAGAUUAUUUGACAAAUUUGAAAAUUAAUGGCUGUUUAAAUGUUUCUGACCAAGGAAUAAUGUCAUUGGAACAACUUAAGGCAUUAAAAUAUUUGGAAUUGAAAAAUUUACAAUUUUUAAUUAAGCCAGAAGCAGCAAUUGGUCAUCUGAAAACAAAGCUGCCAGAAUGCAAUAUACAAUAUAAUGAAUGAUAAUGAUUUGAAAAAAUAAUAAAAUAUUAUAAAUGCUAUUAUAGGUGGCUGAUACAAAAAUACCAAUUAUACUUAACUAUUUUCACUAUUAAUAUUAUCAUAUAUGACUGAUAUUUUACUGUAAAAUAUAUUUAGAUUCUGUACUAAUAAUAACUAAUAUUUGUAUCUUAUGAACAAUGAAAUAAAAAUUUGAAAAAUA